CAGAAUAAAUGAAAUAUGACUUCAUUUGACUCAAUUUUGAAUUUUGUAGUAUUUGCAGGGCUCCAAAGUCUAGGCUCAAGUGUCAAAGACAUAUUUGGAUUGAAGCAAAUUUAUGAUAUGAAGUUGACACACAUCUAUGCUCUCCAAGUUAUACGUUGUAUAUUUGAAGGCACUUCGAUUACCAAAAAUCAAGAUAUCAAAAAAAAAGGAAUAGAUGAAGCCUUAUUUACUGCUACUGAAAGUGGGAUAGUUGAAAUUGUUAUUGAGAUACUAAAAGCUAAUCCUUCUAUCAUCACAAUUGUAAACAUCAAAUUAAGAGGCAUAAUUGAAUAUGCUAUUGAACAUCGACAAGAAAAAGUUUUCAGCAUUAUAUAUGCAGUUGGAAAAUGGAAGGGUUUGCUGAUUAAUUCAUUUGACGAGGAUAGAAAUAACACGUUACAUAUGGCAGGAAUGUUAGCACCUGCACACAGACUUGCUCAUAUUUCAAGUCCAGCUUUGCAAAUGCAAAGAGAGCUACAAUGGUAUAAGGAGGUAGAAAGUAUUGUGGAUCCUACAUUAAAACAAUAUGUCAAUGAAGAAGAGUAUACCCCUAGCCAAUUGUUUACAAAAAGCCACAAGGAAUUAAAGGAGGAAGGAGAGAAAUGGAUGAAAGGAAUUGCAACAUCUUCUACAGUCGUAGGUGCUCUUAUUAUUACAAUUAUGUUUACUACCGCAUUUACUGUUCCCGGUGGCAACAUUCAAGAUACUGGAUUUCCAAUAUUUUUACAUAAGAAAGCAUUCAAGGUUUUCAUAGUAGCUGAUGCAAUUUCUCUAUUUGCCUCCUCAACUUCAGUAUUAAUGUUUUUAGGAGUCUUGACUUCACGUUAUGCAGAAGAAGAUUUUCUUGAAUCAUUGCCAAGAAAGAUGAUCAUGGGUCUUUCUACCCUUUUCUUUUCCAUUGCAGCCAUGAUGAUAUCAUUUUGUGCUACUCUCAUAAUAAUGCUAGAUGGAGAUCUGAAACUAAUCAUUCCUAUAAUUUUGUUGGCGAGUAUUCCCAUUACUGUUUUUAUAUUUUUACAGUUUCCUCUACUUGUUGAGAUUUUCGUAUCCACGUAUAGGCCUAGACUCUUUGAUAGAAAAAUGAAGUAUUGGUACUAAGUAGUGUCUUUCGGAUUAUUGGUGUAAUUGAAAAGUUCGUAUUAUGUAUGUCUUCCUUGUAUCUUCCAAAACUAUUUGAUUUAAUAAAUGCUUAUUAAUUAA